GCCGGCGAACGUCGAUCGGGUUAACGCCGGCCGAGGCAGAAAUGACAGAGCGAGUUGCUAAGAGGAAGACGCAUAGGAAGUCGCGCAAUGGGUGCUUCCAGUGCAAGCAGCGUCAUACCAAGUGUAAUGAGGCCCGCCCAAGAUGCGCAAACUGUGUGCGGCUGGACAUCCACUGCACCUGGCCCAGUCGCCCUGAUGGAUACUCAACAUCGUCAACUUAUCCCACGCCUCCCGAGAGCCAUGCCUCAACGCUUGUCGAGAAUCACCCAGUCAGCAGUCCGGAUUUUCAUGGAGCAGCUUUCGGAUCGGAGAUGGCCUUAGCUGAUUUACGCCUGCUGCAUCAAUGGACUUCAAAAACGUACAAGGCUAUGGGUUCUGAACUUACAGCCAAGCACCCAGUCUGGCAAAAUGAUUUCAUCGAAAUGGGCUUUGAGCAUCCCUUUCUGCUUCGCGGCAUCCUCGCGCUGGCAGCCAUCCAUAAAGUGGUCUCCGAUCCAGAAGCAGAUCGAAGCACCCUGCUGCUGCAGGCAGAUUCCCACAUCAGCAAAGCCCUAGCGAUAUACCGACAAAACCUCGAACACCCCAGCGAAGAGGUUGCUAUCCCAAUGUUCCUCCUCUCGUCCAUCCUGCUCAUAUACAAUUUCGCUUCCGCACAACUGGAGGCACCGGAAGAUCCCAUUGCCGCGAUUCAUCACUGCUUCCGAUUAACUCACGGAGUCAAGGUUGUUGUCGAGCCAAAUUGGACGCACAUCGCAUCCAGCCGCGUAUUUGUCCAUAUGGUUGAACUCGUGGAGGAACCCAACCUUGAUGAUGAGCCAGUUCGAGAAAUCAUCCGAUUAAAAGAACUAGCGGAAACGAAGGACACUGUGAUCAAAACCGCCUACGUCACCGCCAUUGAUGAGUUGCACCGGGCGUUCUUAAAGGUUAGGAAUGCUCAAGACCAACUAUCGACCGCUCUAUCCUGGCCUGCACAUCUUUCGGACGACUUCACCCAUCUAGUCUCGGUUCAUGAUCCUAUUGCAGUUUUGAUCUUGGGUCAUUGGGCUGUUCUUCUUAGCCAAUGCCCCCCUAGAUGGUGGAUCCGACAAUGGCCCCAACGCAUAGUCUUCGCGGCUCAGAAAGUGCUGUUACUAAGACCGGAGCUCUUGAAAUGGUUGGAAUGGCCGUUGGAAGUUAUCAACGGGACAGUAUGAGGAGGAUUGGGAUCGGUUGCCGGCCCCAGCAACUGCUCUGAAGCGUCUCAGAUCUACCUACCUGCCAUGUCGGCCUGCUCCAUAACGUCAACUUCUGCGCAAGCUCUGGCCAAAGUCUCGAUACUCUUGAAGCGGCUUCAGCCUCCGCGCUAGGCCAAAUUGCCCCUGCACUUUACAGUCGC